ACAGCCCGGUCGAAGAUGCGCUCCGCCGCCAUCUUGCUCCCGCCCGCGGGGAGGGGCCGCAGCAUGGCGGCGCGGGGGCCGCCGGGAGCGGCGAUGGCGGCGCCGGGGCCGGGGCCGGAGCCGGGGCGCUGCGCUCAUUUCGUGCUGAGGAAGAAGCGCUUCUGCAGGAUGAUCCCGGCGCCCGGGAGGCGCUUCUGCGGGGAGCACGCGCACGAGGAGGAACAAAAUGACAGAAAAAGAAUUCCGUGCCCUCUUGAUCCAAAACACACUGUAUAUGAAGACCAACUACAGAAGCAUUUAAAAAAAUGUAACUCAAGAGAGAAGCCAAAGCCCGUCUACUUUGUUCAAGAUAUUAAUGCUGGUUUAAAAGAUGUAGCAGAAAUACCAGAAAAACAAGUUCCUCUAUCUUCGCUAUCUAUUGAAGAGCUGCAGAACUUAAUUAUCAAGUUGAAAAAAGCAAGUAAUGGCCUGGAACUUCAUCUCAAGGAACAAAUACUGUCCCACCAGGCUUUACAAGAAGCCUUAAAUGACCCAAAGAAUGGGGAAUCUGCUUUCAAACACCUGAAACAGCAGGCUUCUAUUUUAGGUAACAUGGAAAAAUUGCAUUUACUUGGUCCAGGAAGGUGUUUUGUUGAGUUUGGAGCUGGGCGAGGAAAGCUGUCUCAUUGGGUUGAUAUUGCCUUAGAGAAUGUUGAAAGUGUUCAGUUUUUGCUUGUGGAAAGGGCAACCACAAGAUUCAAGGUGGAUGGAAAACACAAAAGGAGAGAUUCUAUAUUUGAAAGGCUUCAAGUAGACAUUCAGCACUUAUGUUUAAAUAAGGUACCUAUUUUGGAGAAGAAAAGACUACCAGUGGUAGGAAUUGGGAAGCAUUUGUGUGGAGCUGCGACAGAUCUUGCAUUGAGAUGCUUGGUUGAAAGUUACACCACUUGCUGUGAUGGGGAAGAUGGAGAGCCUGCACCAAAACGCUGCAGGGCUGCUCAGACAGAGGUGGCUCCUCACAAAUCUGCUGGUAAUGAAAGCACCACAGAAGACCAUAAGCCUGUAGCUGGAAUUGUUAUUGCUCUGUGUUGCCAUCAUAAGUGUGACUGGACACAUUAUGUAGGCAGAGAGUUCUUUAAAUCAGUAGGACUGGGACCAGUAGAAUUCCAUUAUUUUCAGAGAAUGAGUAGUUGGGCCACUUGUGGCAUGCGAGAAACCACAAGCAAAGCUUCUCCAAGUGAAGACAGUGAAGAUCAAACUAACUACACAGAGGAACAUGAGCAAACACUCAGCAGGACAGAGAGUGGCUCUGAUACUUUACAAGGGAUACUGAGUGUUGAGGAACGGAAGGAGAUUGGUUGCCUCUGCAAACGGCUGAUUGAUCACGGACGGAUUGAGUAUUUACAGCAACAGGGAUACAAGGCUGCACUGCAGUAUUAUACAGAGUCUGCUGUGUCCUUGGAGAAUGUCCUGUUGACAGCUGUCCCAAACCCUUCUUUGAUAUCAGAGCCAAACAUAUGACAGGAGAUAGAUUUGGAAUUGGUAAGGGGAAAAAAGCCCUAGAAAACUCAUCUGGGUUUUUUAAAAAAAACUAAUUCAUUUCUUACAAAAAAACCCCCUUUUAUCGUCUUUCCUGUACCCAAGAAAAGGUCUUAUAUUUUCCAGUUUCUGGGAACUACAAAUAUGCAAACCAGUUCUCAUCAGUGAAAAAAUAAAAUCCCUAAGAAUAUUUAAAACCUGUUGUGGCUUCUUUGCUGUGAAGAAGUGAGCUUGAUAUUUUCUUCCAUUCAGUUGCAUUCUUUAUUCACUAGGAUCUAUGAUAGGAGGAGAAUCAGAAGUACAACUUUCCACAUUUCCUGAAAGACAAUAGGUUAAAAUAAGAGAAGCUUAUAUACUUUAUUUUCACUUUGAAGUUUAGAAUAGCUUUGUACUUCUUCUUAAAAUAUUUAAAUAGGCCUAAGUUCUUUCAUCAGCCUGUGCUGCUAAAGAAUCUAUUCAGAAAGAAACCUUGUGUCUAAAGUGUCAUCUUGAUGUAUUUUUGCUAAUUUGAUUAUUCAUUCAUGAAAUAUUAAUAAGAAAAAACCUGACUUAGUGUUCCAAAUCAAGAGCAUUACAUUCAUGUUUUAAGCCUUCACAAAACACAGAAUGGAGAUCAGAGAGAACAUUUUAUAUCUGCAGUGAAGUACAUUCUGCAAGUAACAGCUGCCAACUGAACAUCUGUUCAAAAGUGCUUAUUUGGGUCUCUUACUGCAACAGUAAAACUGUUACAAUGAACAGCAUGUUUCAGAAAUGGGAUGAAACUGGGGGUGUUGUGUUUAAGUGACUGUGUCAGGGAAAGCAGAUUUUGAGGAACAUCUGUUUAUCAGCUGUUGAUAGUUCAUUGGUAAAAGAUGUAUGUUGGGAACAUAGACAUUUCUCCCUUAAUCUUCGUCUGGAAGUACCAUCUGGAUAACAUUCAAAAAUAGGAAAAGUUGAGCUUCAUGAAUUAAGGGAUGCUAGAAGACCUUCACUAUGUAAACUGAUUAAAUUACAGAUACCAAAGACAGUCAUCAGCUUCUCUUUAUCCACGUGCAGGUAACUCAGACACAUUUAUUACAGUGCUCCAUGGUUCUAGUAUGCUCCUACCAGAAUCUAUGCUGUUUUUUGGAGACCUCCUGUGACAACUCUUGUUAAAAGUACCCCUGCCCUCAGUAAAAGCCUGUUUACAGAUUUCUUUUGGAAAAUGUUACUCGUUUAUCAAGAUGGUUAUUCAUGUUUCAUUUCUAUACAUAUCCUAGAUUUAUUUAUCCAGUUUAUCCCUCUCUUCCUCACUGUAUUGUGGAGAGAUCAGAAUUAAUAAAAAAACCAUGCCUGUU